AUGUUCCGUUGCUUAUCAAGUUGUUUUUGGCUGGUGUUGGUGGCUUUUGGCCGGUUUGCUGGAAGUGAUGGUGUAAGGUUUUAAAGCUUGGGGCUGUAAGCGGUGCUUUGUGGGCUUUUUGUACUGGUUUAGAUUACCGUGAAUUUUCAAUUAACUUGUACUGAACCUUGUAUUUUUGACCAGUUUAUAGUGCUAAAAGUGUAAAAGGUUGAUCUCCUUAAAGCUACUAGUAAUGUUAUUUUGUCUUUGAGUAGCCCUUUAAAUAAUAAUAUCUGUGCCAUUUACAGGCAAAAACCAUGACGAUAUCAAUUGAUAUGCCGGUAUAUUGUUUUGAUGUUAUAAUCACUAAACUUCAAAAGGGUUCAAGUCCUCCAGUACCGUCGAGCAUUCCCAAUGACAAUUUGUAAGUCUGAACCAAGGACAACGUUAGUGUUGCACCUUAUCCCUAUACAUAUUGAACAUAGCACUAUACCUAAUGUUUAUUGUCAUAUGCAAACAGUUAAGUUUUAAGGAUUGUAUUAAAUGCAAAUUUGAUGUUUUAGUCCAUUAUUCGUAACAUGGAAGAAAGGAAAUGGUCAUCAUCUUGAUCUCAGAGGCUGUAUUGGAACCUUCUCUGUCAACCUGCCACUUCAUAAAGGUCUAACUGACUACGCCAAAAUAAGGUAAUUGAUUGAAAUAUAUUUUAGAUUGAAAAAAUGUUUCUCAAUACAGAUUUUAGCUGUUAUAACAUAUGAUAUAUUAUUUUCUUGCCAAAAUUUUUAAAUACGCAUUUUUACAUUACUUUUUGACAAUUGCAGUGCUUUCGAAGACAGUCGCUUCCGCCCAAUUUCACUUACCGAAGUCCCUCAACUUCACUGCACAGUAUCUCUGCUCGUGAAGUUCGAACAAGCCCCAAACUACCGUGACUGGAUCAUAGGAACCCAUGGUGUACAUAUCUACUUUAAACAAAACGGACAAAACCUGAGCGCUGUGUAUCUGCCUGAAGUUGUUGAAGAACAAGGCUGGGAUCAUGUCGAAACGCUGAAUCAGCUAAUGAAGAAAGGCGGCUGGAAAGGUCAAAUCACUGAAAACGACCGGCUGGCUGUGAGGGUUGAACGAUUCCAAAGCGAGAAACUGACAUUAUCUUAUCAAGACUACUUGGCCCAAAAGAACCACUCAUAUAACUGA